AUCUUUUCGAGCUUCAACUCUUUUGCUACUAUCCCAAAGCUUUGCGACAUUGCCUGUUCCCCUUCGAUUUCCCUCGCGACCACUUCCUUCUUCUUGCCGUCCGAAUCUUGCGUGUUCGACCGACCCGAAAACAGCUCUUCACAAUGGCCUCCGAAGCAAGACUCUACACUUUCUCCCAAGAAACCAAAGACCACCUGCGCAAGUUCCGCCUUGGGACUUCGCGCUCCAACGACCCCCAGGCCGUCAUCUACCUGAUCGAUAAGACAACCAAAGAGAUCAAGCAAGACGACGACAAAGUUGUAUACAAGACCCUCGAGGAAAUCGGCGAUGACCUGCCCGAUCACAGUCCGAGAUUUGUGUUGUUGAGUUAUCCCCUAACUCUUCCCUCCGGCCGACUAUCGGUGCCCUACGUUAUGCUCUACUACAUGCCCUCGACAUGCAACAGCGCAAUGCGCAUGUUGUACGCGGGUGCCAAGGAGCUGAUGCGCAACACGAGCGAGGUGACUAAGAUUAUCGAUAUCGAGUCGCCGGAGGAGCUGGAAGAGAUUCCGGCCAAGCUUGGGGCUGCUUAGACGUGUGGCAGUAAAGGGCGCCGAGCUGACAGCCUUAUUAUGGAUGGACGGACGGGCACAAAGGUUGGUCUCCAGAGCGACCAACAGGGCCCGGCGUGAGCUUUCACACAGAGCUGGCAACUGGGACGAGGAACAAGCAAAGGGAGGCCAUUUGGAAUGGAAGGCAAAGUACAGCCAGAUUCUGGAUCAUUCAUGAUCUUCUCGUUAUAUAAACGCCGUGAUAUCCCAGCCUUACAAAGCCAAAAAGCAGUCCCUGAACUCC